AUGGUUGGCCGUAAACGAACCAGGGCCUCUCAGCGAAGGCCCGCAGUGUCUGAUUUACCAGAUGUCUAUCAGGAGAUGCUAGCUGAAGCAGCCGCGGAUGCUGGUCCUUCAGCCUCAUCAGAACCGCCUCCAAAAAAGCUGAAAAGGCCCGGGGAAAGAAAGGCACAGCCUGACUCUAUCAAAUCCCCAGGGCAGCCUGUGAAUGAGGAUGAUGAUGAUGGAGAAGAAGAAGACAUCCAGUUCGAAGAUGUUAUUCUCCCUGCACCCACUGUCCAGACUAUCUACAGAGAUUCUGAUGAUGAAGAAUCUGACGAACAAGAGGUCGAAUUCGAGGACGUUGACUUCAGUGCUGUGCAGGCUGAGUCAGGGACAGUAGAAGAACCCGAGAAGCUUACUCUUAAUCUAUCGAUCCAUGCAGGAACAACAGCGGCUACCAAAACACGCGGUGACAGGCGGAAACCAAUUACCAAGGAGGAAAGGGAACGUCGUGUAUCAGUCCAUAAGGCACAUGUACUGUGUCUCCUCCUUCACUGCGCUUUAAGAAAUCGAUGGUGCGGUGACAAACAGGUCCUGGCUUCUCUACGUCCUCUACUGUCCAAAAAGACUAUCGAUUACUUAAAUCCAGCGCCCACUCUCCCACAGUUUGGUCAGACAGAAUCUUUGAAAACAGGCCUUCAACAAGCGGGAUCAAUGUUCAAAUCUAAAUUUCAGGUCACAGAGAGGGGAUUGCGCCGGUCUCUAUGGUCAGAAGACCCAGGUCAUCUUGUCAAAUACGAGCUCCCCAGCGAUAUGGAUUCAUGCAUGGACCGGCAAGACUUCAGGGAGACUGCCAGAAAGUUGCAUGGUUCUCGAGACGUUGGUGCUCAGUUGUACUGCGCUCUGUUACGAUCUGCCGGAGUACGCGCCCGCUUGGUUUGUUCCUUGCAACCCUUGUCAUUUUCUCAAAGCGGGCCAACACUCCCCAAGCCUCGUGAUACGAAGACCGCAACAAAACCCACCAAGGCAGAACAGAUUCAGGCACAGCUGUCUCAGUACUCGGCUCCCGAGGAAGCAUCUUCAUCCUCCGACAUGAGCAAAGCCUCGCCUCUGCAACGACUUGGACACCCAAACGCUACGGCAUACCAGUUACCACUGAUGCCAGGCUCGGCACCAGUCGCCCGCAAACAUGCGGGAGCCCGCAAAAGAAUCCGGGAAUCUCCAUAUCCGGUCUACUGGGUAGAGGUUUUAGAUGUUGCUCAUCAGAAAUGGCAACCUGUUGAUCCCCUGGUGACUAAUUCAAUGUGGAAACCUCGUGCACUGGAGCCGCCAGCCUCUGACCGAGAAAACUGCCUGAGUUAUGUAGUUGCCUUUGAAUCCGAUGGUACUGUCCGCGACGUGACUAGAAGAUACGCAAAGGCGUAUGCCGCAAAGACACGAAGAUUGCGCGUCGAAACAGCGGAUGAGAAAGGUAGCUGGUGGUGGCGCAAGGCAUUGAAACCAUUUGCCCGGCGUUGGCCCACCGAUCUUGAUCAAAUUGAAGAUAACGAGCUCACUGCUAUUGAAGGGCGUGAGCCCAUGCCACGUAAUGUGGCAGACUUUAAAGACCAUCCUGUCUUUGCGCUGGAAAGGCACUUGCGGCGGAACGAAGUCCUCAUACCUGGAGCACAACCUGCAGGAACAGUUGCGGCCGGAAGCAAGGCCCCGCUAGAGAAGGUAUACCGUCGCAAAGACGUGCGCGUUGCGAGGAGCAGAGACAAGUGGUAUCGCAUGGGACGCGAAGUCAAGCCCAUGGAGGUUCCAGUUAAAUUCCUUCCUCGCAGGUCCAAUGCAAAACCUGGCCAGUACGUCGAUGAUGGUUAUGGUGGAGAUGAGAGAGAUGCAGCAGGCAUGCCGGUGUUUAUGGAGGAACAAACUGAGCUCUACCGUCCAUCACCAGUCGUCAACGGAUGCGUGCCGAAGAACAAGUUUGGCAAUAUUGAUAUUUACGUGCCUAGCAUGGUACCCGAAGGGGGCGUUCACGUCGCUGACGAGUUCGACACUGCUGCACGUGCAGCCUACAUUCUGGGCAUUGAUUACGCACCUGCGCUGACCGGUUUUCAAUUCAAAGGCAAACACGGCACGGCGGUUCUUAACGGCGUGGUAAUAGCCCGAGAGUAUGAAGAGGCAGUCCAGGCAGUAAUGGAUGGCUUGGGGGAUAUGGAUGCACAAGCGGAGCAGAGCAAACGGUCUCUGAUGGCAAUCCGAGUUUGGAAGCGGUUCCUCACAGCACUCCGCAUCCGAGAGCGUGUAUGGGCAGGUGUGGAUCCGGAUGAGAGGGCCGAGGAGGAGCAAAGAAUCACGGAAGAGCUUGCGGGGACGGAAGAAGAUGACAUUGCAGUGGAUGGUGGUGGAGGAUUCAUGAUUGAGGACGAACACGGAGACGAGGACGGAGUUGUUAUGGGGACCGGAGACGACAGCGGUGGGUUCGAGAGACAUGGAGACGAGCUUGAGGAUGCACCAAGCGACGUUACCGAAGAAUACGACAUGGAAGAGGACGGGGGUGGCGGAGGAUUUCUAGUGGAGUAG